AUGACAGACCUAACCCCAACCCUGCGCGAGCUCCUAAAAAGCAAACCCAAUGCCCCGCGCCUCUCGAACGGGCAUCAUCACCUCUCCACCGAGACGGCGGACGAGUUCCUCAAAGAAGCCUACCGGAUUAACAACCACAUAACCUCCCUCCUCCACUACCUCCACCGCAUCCGCCCAUCCUACCUCUCCAUCACCAACCACAACCACAACCACAACACCAACAAACCCAAACAAACCAGCCCCUCGACCCCCUCACCCACCGGUAACCUCCCCACCCACCCCACCAAAGAUCUAACAGACACCGACCGCACCGAAAUCGACACCUCAACCUCCCACCUCCUCCGCCAACUCUCCACCUCCAUCUCCACGCUCGCCUCCGCCGAGACCCUGCGCCACGAGACGCGGGCGCAGCUCCUCCGGAAAAAAUACGGGAGUCGCAUGGGGAUCCUGGGCCGGUGGGCGGCUGGCGGCGAUGCCCCCGGCGUACACGCGGCGACGCCUGAGCAACGCGCCGAGGAAGCGGCGGAGGAGAACACGAAGCAGCUCCGCGCGGCGGUGCUGUGGUUCCUGCAGCGGAAGUUGGAGGCGGUUGUGGCGGUGCAGCGCGGGAUGGUGGAGAAGAGGUUGGAGAGGGUGCGGGAGCGGGAGAGGAGUGUGCUUUAUCUGUCGCAGCAGCAGCAGUUACAGCAGCAGCAGCAGCAGCAGCAGGUGGGGAAAGAGGAGGGGGUGCGGGGAGAGCAACGGGGGCUGGGGCACGGCGAGAUGAUGCUGCCGCCCGGGGAAACGCAGGGCCAGCGGUUGGAAGAGACCGAACUGCACGCCAUCGAGGCGCAGCUCUCACCGGAGCAGUUGCUGCUCUUUGCCGAGGAGAAUGAUGCCAUGGUCAAGUACUAUGAGGAUACGUUGAGUAAGGUCCGGUAUGUUGUCUUCCCCCUUCCUUUUGCCCUCGUGGAGCUUCUCGCGGGUGGGAUAUGUGUCGAGUGGAAGGCUGAGCUAAUGUGUGUGAUUGUGGGUGUGUGUCGCAGAACCGCCGAGAAAUCUCUCCUGGAGAUCUCCUCCCUCCAGCAGACCCUCGUCGCCCAUCUGUCCACGCAGGAGGAAUACAUCGGCCAACUGGUCACGGACGCGAGCAACACGCAUUCCAACAUCGGGCAAGGAAACAAGGAGCUCAAGCGCGCGAGCGAGCGGCGGAGUACCGCGCAGGCGGUGUUUUGGGGCACCGUCGGACUGUGUACGUGGUUGGUGGUAUGGGAUCUGGUCUUCUAG